AUGCUUCCCUCUGAUAAACAUCGUGCCAAACAAGUUAGCCCUGAAGCUCCAAGGAAGGAAAGGAAGGAGCGCACUGUGUACUCCAAAGAACAAAAACUCGUCCUCCAAGGGCAUUUUGACCAUUGUAAUUACCCAAACUUGGAGCAACGAAUGAAGCUGGCAUUAGUGAUUGGUGUGACGGAGUAUGAGAUCCGGAUCUGGUUCAAGAACCAACGUGCUAAGUACAGACAGAAAAAUCCCAAGAAUGAUAAAGCAAGACUUCCAGAGUCAUGUGAAUGCUCUAGGAGUAGUUCUGCUCCAAUUGAUUCCGAAGUUCUCACGUGA